AAUGUAUUGGUUUUGAGACAAGAUGGCGUCUCGUGUUCAUUCGCAUAUCAAAGGCAACAGUUUUCAGUAUUUUGACUUCGAAUCUUAAUGUGUUCUUAAUGCAUCAUUCUUAAUAUGUUGUGAAAAUAUACUAUGGAAGAAAGUGAUUCGCUUAAUUCUCACCAGCUUGUAUCAAGUCCAGACCCUGUUCAACAGUUACUUCUUGUGACAGAACAGAUAACUCCACCAAGGCCAAUGCAAAUGGAGACUUUGCAUUCUGUAGUUGAACCAGGCACGACCACAGUUCCUGAUCCAGGAGGUGGUACUACCAGAGGGGACAGCAGUGGAAUUGGCAGUAGCAUUAGUGAUGGUAGACUUGGAGGUGGAAGUCGAGGACAAGAUCGGGAAAACAGCAGUCGGCAGUCUGCUUCAGCGCCAGCCUGCACGCCCACAUCAUUUUCUAUUGCCACACCAUCUUCUUCUCAUCUCACUAGUGGAUCACAUCAAGUCAGAAGAGAAGAGUCUCAGCAAGAAAGAAUGAAUGACUUGGACCUUAGUUCCCUGGAUGGUAACAUCUCACCAGAUGACUUAGAGGGAAGCUACCUUCAUGAUGACCUCUCUCCAGAGCCCUACUGCACCUCCUCACCCGGCCCAGGUGGAGUAGGUCGCAUUUAUAAGUGCCGCUUUUGCAGUUUCUCUACUGCAACAUACACUCAUCUGCAACUGCAUAUGAACAAACACAGUGGCCACAGAACAUUGAAAUGUGCCCUUUGUGACUACCGCACUAACGACAAGAGUAAUUUUCGUCGUCACAAAAGAUUACAUGUACGCACUAAUCCAGUUUCUAUGCUGCGCUGUGGCAAGUGCAGUUACUCCACUCCAAUCUCUCGCAAAAUGCGAGAGCAUUAUAGUCACGCUCAUAAUGAAGACUAUGGUCCUUCCUUAAUCUCUACAUCUACCAUGCAUUUACGUUCUUCAGCAUAUAACGCUGGACCCUAUGGUGGUCUACCUCAUGUAAAUAAUAUGUGUUCAACUUCUGGCAGCAGUGGUAAUGGAGGAGGAAUGCAGUUGGCUGGCAGCAAUGCUUCAUUUCACUCCUUUUUAGCACAACCUCAUGGUACCAUCCAGUUUGCACGUGGAAAUCCCCCACACCUCAUUGCUAACUGUGUUAAUGGAGGUUUUGCUGCAGCAUCAAAUGGAGGUCACCAGUUUGAUGAUGGCCGUCAGAUCCUGAUGAGAGAAGACAAUCGCGUGGCAUCUGACUGCCUGCGUAGCAUCAUGUCUAAUAUCAUCAGUCAUCCACGUGUUCCUGCCACUUCUACAAUUACAUCUUCCAACUUUUAUCUGUCUGCCUCUGCUGCCCCUCAGCCACCAUGCAACAUUUCACCUCCGUCCACCCACCACCCUCAAGGUCAUCAUACACAACAACUUCACCACCUGCAGCCCACCAGCAUUCGUCGUGCUCCACUUGCCAUGCAUCAUCCAAACGAAGUAAAAGUGAAGGUGGAACCAAUUGAUUGUGAUGGAAUUUCAGAUGUUUCAUCUUCUGGUGCCUCAAUUUUGUAUGAUAGAGAGCGGGAGCGAGAGCGUGAACGAUUGCAUCGCUACAUGGAACCACGAGUUACAUCUUUGUCUCAGCAACGCCUGACCCAUGAGCCAGGAUCUCUGCGGAAUGGUGGACCCUUGGACCAGAGUGAUGAGAUAGCACCUUCUGGUGAGACUUAUCGAGUGACACAGUCCUCAGAGGCAGCAAGUUCUCGUAAUGUUGGGGAAAUGGUUCAGCAGGAGAGACUGAAAGAGCAGAUAGGAGCGUUGUUGUUGCAGGUGAUAGUGUGCGACCUAUCUUCUCCAUUAAGUCAGAAGUGUCUAAUGUCGGUGUUCAGUGUUCUUUUGCAGUCAAGAGUGAAUCUUCUCACGCUGUUUCUGGUAGCAGUACAGAACAUGGAAAUGAGUGGCGACGUCUGCGAUAUUUAGUGAUAGAGCGGGGUGUGCAGUGUGAACUUCUGUCAUCCACCUCACCCAGACACCUCACUUCACGCACAUUAUCAGCAGACAGUGAGCAGCAGAGCGUGACUGGGUCAGAGACUCGCUGUUUGCACUGUGGCAUAACUUUUGAUGAUGAGGUACUUUUCACCAUCCACAUUGGUUGCCAUAGUCACACAGACCCAUUUGUGUGCAAUGUAUGUGGCAAGAAGUGCUACAGCAAAUAUGGCUUUUAUUCGCAUAUCAUGCGGGGCCAUCAUUUUUAACUAUCAAAGGUAAAUUAAGAAAUUUAAACACAGUACCCAGUACUAAGAACUCCUUCACUUGGAGCAUUAAACUCUUCAAAUAAUGUUUGAAUCAAGGAGUUAUUUAUAAGUGUUUAUGUAAAGCUUCACUUCAACAUCUUUAAAAUUGGAUAAAUAUUUACAGAUUUAUGUAUCAGAACAGAGACAAGAAUGCAAGAUUUAAGGAUUUGAGAUGAGAGUAACUUAGAGAGAAUUUUGAAUGAAUGAAAGUUAAAUUUUAAGACACAUAAUACUGUUUGCUGUUUUGUAGAGUUUCGUUGGCAAUUUUUAUCAUUUAAUGCCAGAUCUUCUCAUCCAUCAUCCCCAUCUUUCCUUGUUUUUGAUGUUGGAACUUUGAAUGAGCACAAAGAGGAUGCCAGUUAUAGAUGUUGUUUAAUGUUUAAUUUCAAAUACGACAUAGCUUAUAAUCAGACAGAAUAAAUUGGACGUUGAAUGUAAAGAAUUAGUGAACUCAUUGUAAUAGUUUUAAAUAUUGGCAGUACUAUGUUCAUGUUUUAGACUAUGUGUCAGUGCACAUGUAUAAAACUAAAACUAUGUGUAAAACUAAAACCAAGAACCAAAUAAUGAUAUUAAAGUCAAUUUGUGUCAAGUACAGUAGUUCAGAAUCAUUUACAUGUCAAAAUUAAAGGCAUUUUAAAAUUUUUUUAUGCUUUAUUUAUAUAUCUAAAAAUAUAUUGAAGCAUAUUUACAGACUGAAGUGAGGGGUAUAAUUAGUAGUAAGCACUUUUGGCAGCACAUUUCAAACCACACUAAAGCUUAUAGUUACCCAUGUUGCCUUAGCUUUGUGUUCAGCAGGUUCAGGGCAGCUACUCAUUAAAGAAGGUGGUAUGAAAAUAUGGAUACUUUUGUUAUUUCUAUCGGUCAUUUGAAGUUCAAGAGCUGCAUGAUUUCACAUUCUUUCACAUACAGUUUCAAACUAUUGCAUGAACUUUUCACUUAUAGAUAAUUUGGCUGAACUCUUUAUCUGAUUCUUUUUGUUCCUCAUUUCUUGUUGGGAUGAGGUGACUCAUGCUCAUUUAUGAUUCUUCUUUCAUCAUUUUCCUUUUCAUUAAGACUGAACUUUUAUUUUGGCAAAAGAUGGCAGGUGAAAGUUCAUGCUAAAUGAUGUCUCCAGAUAAGCCUUAUUUGCCAGAUCUGUUUCAGUCAGGAAGUUUAAUUAGCAAAUCAAAAACCACUGUUUCAUCGAUGCUUCAGCUUCAUUAAUGUUGUAGAAUUAUAAACAACCUUCAUGUUUUUGUUGUGUUCUUCAUAAAAUGUUUGAUGUAUAUAUAUUUUUAAAAAAAAAAACAUACUUGGGGCAUUUGUAUCUACAAUUACCAAAUCAAAAAGGAUAAGACCACAAGCUUCACUGGUGAAUAAAAAUCUGGUUUUGAAAUAAACAGAAAGCAAAUCAAAAAACAGAAAUGAUGUAAAAUGUUAUUUUCUAGAGAUGCACAAGGACAGUUAAAACUACUUUGUGAAAAAGCAUCACAGAACAUCUAUCAGCAAUGAAUAUAAUUAUAAUGGAGUAGCUUGAUUUUUUAUUUAACACCUUAAUGUUUGUUUCUAAAGGACUGUUGGGUUUGGGCCUUUCAGCUUGUAAAUUCAUUGCUUUUUAAGUAUAGUACCUUAUGUUGAUAGUAGUGUACACCUUGUCAUUUUAAGGAGCAUUUAAUGAAACAUUUACUACUAAGCAAUGAUUUUAACUUUCCUUAUUUUAUGUGAUUUCAAAAGCAAAAUAAUUUUUGAAAAAUUGGACAAAUUAAUUUUUAACUUUAUGAGCUUAUGAAAAUAGUAAGUGUACCAGAAGAAAGAAAUUUCUCCAUUAGUAUUUAGCUAAAAUUUUUCUUCUUAUUGGAAACAAAACAUAAAUCAUUCAGACAGGGGCAAUCAUCCAGAUAGUCUUCAAGAUGCUAAAAAAAGAUUAUUUAGGUUGUUUGUUAGGAAAGGAAACCAGUGCAUUUCACUGAUAGUCAUUUUUAUUUACUAUUGGCUUUUACUUUGAGCCACAAUGAACUUAACAAGUUACAUAAGUGUAUUGCUUGCAUGGAUGCUUCUUCAAAUUGUUUAGCUAUUUUUUUCAAAGUAAAAGUUGCUAUGUUCAUGUCCAGAUAAUAAUUCAUUACGUUAAAUUGCAGUGUAGAAAGGAAGACUGCACUUCAGAGGAACAUUAUGUGUGGUGUGGUGGUGGGCAGGGAAGUUGGAGAUGGUGGUGGGGAGUUCAUAGUACUAAAUCAUUUCAUGAAGAGAGAUCUCUAUACAUACAGGGUACUGAUUGGUAACAGUGAAAGCCAUAUCUUAUGUCUUUUCCAUGUCAUGCAUAGUAUGUGUGGUCCAGUGCAGUGUACCUACUUUUCAGUGGAAGAGUAGUUUGCUGAUUAUGUAUGCUCCACUCAUCAUAUCUUAAAAUUUUUUUUUUUCUUCAUUAUAGUGAAGAGUUAUUUCCUAAUGACUGGGUAAAGCUCAGUGAGAUAUUUUUCCAAUCUAAGUGAACAUACCCUUUCUGUUUUUGACAUAAAUGCCUACAAACAUAAACUUGCACAGAGAAAGGCCAACAGCACAGAUGUUAAAAUUGUGCAUACCUCAUGUAAUUGCCUCAGUCAGUGAGAGAGCUGGGUCGAUAUGUUAAUUAGGUGUAUAAGGUGCACAUGACAUCAAGAUUUUGACCUCUUUCUGUGCAUGGUGAUGUUUGUAGUUGUGUAUCUUGAGAGUUGAAGGAAUGUAUUCACCUAGAUUUUGCAAAAAAACAGAGAUGCUCACCUGUAAAGUGUUUUUUAAAUUUUAUAUGGAAAAUACAGGGUUGUUUUUUUUUAACUGUUGGUAUAAUUUUUUGGUCUUUGGGAUUUUUUAAAAUUCUGUUUGGUUCAACACGAAAUCUAGUUUUCUUUUCACCAGUUACAUGCAUAGUUUAUACAUCAGCACUGCAACACACCACUUAAAAGAGUUUCCAAGGGAUCUUUGUCUGCAAGUACUGAAAUGCUAAAAAAAACACACACUUCAGAAUUCAUACUCAAUGGACUUUAAACCCAGCAAGAACAAGAGGACAACUAAUCAUAAUUCACAAUGUGCCAAUGUGACUUUAAUAUUCCUAUGUGCACGUCAAAUGACAUUCAAUCAUUGUGAAAUGUAUUACAAUUUUUCCCUAUUUCAGAUGAGGAAAUUGUGAAAAUAUGGACAAAUUAUAUAGGAAAAUACGCCUGGGAUUUCAUAUUUUUGUUGAUAAUUUAGAUUUUUUUUUUUCAUAUAAAAUAUGGAUUUUGGACACAACAUACGGAAAAUGGCACCCUAAAAUAUGGAUUUUAUCCAGGAAAGUGUGAGCAUGUCUGGUAAAAGGUAUCUUGCACUGAGUUUUAACUAGUUAUUAGAUUAGAAUUUUGCACCAGCUAGUUCUUUAACUAUAGAUGACUUACACUUUAAUGCAAUGAUGUAAUAAUCCUCCUUAAACAGAUUUUGUUGGCUAAUGUGACCCAUGGUUGUGUGCUGUUUUGUACAUUGUGCAGUGGUUUAUAAGGUCAAGACAAAUUUUAUCAAAAGCUUGUAUCCAUUUUCAACCCUGAAUGUAAGAUAGUUCAGGAAAGAAAAAUCAUGCCUUCCAUCAUGCAGAGGCUCCUUUAUUUUCAUAUCUCUCUCUUUGUUUUGUUUUGACCAAACAUGCUUACAUACAUUUGGAAUUAAGUGUUGUGAGAGAAUAUCUUUGUGUUAGGUGACUGAGAAUUAAACAUUUACAAGUCAUAUGCAGUUUGUCCUUUUGAAUUCCACACCCAUACUGCUCUAUUGUAAUGGAUAUUUAGGGGUAUUUUUGUUCUGUAUAAGGGACAGGAUAACAUAACCCUUUACAUGCUAGGUCCUAUUGUCUUCUUAAAAGAAAUGAAAAAAAAAGACAUUAUGCCUAAUUGACACCAAGACCUGAACAAAAAAAAUUAAGGCCUUUUCCAUUGUAUACCCUUUACCAUUAUUUUUAAAGUGUUCUAAGCUGUUUUUCUCACACCUUUUCAGUUUGCUAUAACAGUGACAAAAUCCUAAUCCUGAGUGUGUGGAAGUGUAUUUUAUGUGGAAAAUGGUGAGGCUUUGCUUUAAGUUUUCAACUUAGUAGUAAACUCAUAAUGCCAAAGAAACAUUGAGACGGAUUAUUAGGUGUUGCUUAAAGCUCACUGUUGAUUUCUUAACAGUGGAAUAUUUUAUCUAAAUAUAUUUGACCUUACUGACAGUUUCAGUGGCACUUAUCCAAAGAUGUGAAUAUCCUAUUGACAGGUACUUAUUUAUGCUCUGGCUUUUUUCCUCUGGUGAUAAACCCUGGUGUUCUUUAUGUCUCGGUGGAUGUUGCAUGAGAUUAAAUGUGAUUUUGUCAUCUGUACAUAUUUUAAGAUUUGAAAAAUGCAUGCACAAACACAUGAUUAUCUAACAUUUGCUAUGUUAGAUAAACCUAAGAAGCUAUGUCAUUGUACGUUUGCCAAUUGUUCUGUAUCUAUAAAUGAAAAAAGAAAUAAAGCAUUCUGAAGAAAAAGGAAAAGUAGCUUUGUUCAACACAUGCGGUUUAAUUUAAUAGUAACUUUGUAAAUAACUGUGUAAGUUGCCUAAGCUUCAUGACAAGAUUGUGCAAAUAACCAAUGCAUGAUUGUUUUUAACUGGUGUUGAUGGCGUUGAUGUGAUCGGUGAUGUAUAUCGAAGAUGUUUUACCUGGAUUUUUGUGAAUCAAGGAAAAUGACUUACUGAAUUUUAGCUCAUUGCAUUUUAUUCAGUGGAAACAAAGACUUUUAGUAGGUUUUCUUUUCUUUGACAACAUGAGGCAGCAGCGCAGCAUUGUCUGUCUGUAAAGUGUUAAAGAUUUGCACAACUGUUUUGUCUUGUCACAAUUGUACAUUGUGUAGAAGUUCCAUGUGUAUUUGUUCUUAAACUCACUUUCAUUUUCUCACGUUUCAUUUUCACGUUACUUGUUACAAUUAAAGCUUUUUCUUAUGUAAUAGAGAAAGGUGUAUAGAAAUGAGAUGAAAAGCAUAUUGCUAAAGUAUUUAAAGUUCAUGGAUUCUUUUUUAACCACGUGUCAUUUUAUACCCUACCCCCAACCCUAUUUCAAAUAAAAGCUUGUUUUGUUGUUUACAAUCAAAGUUUUGAUUUGAUUGGAAAUACAUCGUUCCCUGUUUCACACUUAGUGGAUUUGAAAAAAAUUCACUCACCUUUCAGUCUGGUUAUAGUACUGUCUUUCUGUGAUAAAGGUGCAUGCAGUUUUGUGUGACAGUUAUGGGGAUGUAUGAUACAUGCUAGGAUGCGUUCACUGACUCAAAGCAAAUACAACUAGUUAUAACAUGAAAAUUGGGUACCAUGUCCCAUUCUUACUAAGAUGAUUUCCUCAAUAAUGUUUAAUUUAACUUUCAAGGCCAGGGCAAGACCUAGAGAGAUGUGCAUGGCAAAAGUAAUUAGUAGUUGGUUUUGAUAUUAAAAGUGAUGGUGAUGAUAGUCAAUUUAGCUAUUUGGUGUACAAUUUACCAUCUUUUUUCAAGAUGAUUGAUAGCACAAAACAGUACUCAGAGUCUGCCUACGUGGGUUGUGUGGCUGGAAACACAUUAAAUAUGGUUAAAGUCAUCAGGAGUGGAAAUCCUGUUUCUGAUGUGCAAUGGUAAAUUUGCUGAUAAGCCUUUCGUUGGAGAAAAGUGAAUGUUUUGGGAGGUGAAUAAGUGGGUAGUGAUUAAAUCAUUAGUCUUUCUUGUUUUCGUUGCCCUUUGUGUACCUGACAUUGGGACUUCAGACAUGAUGUAAGACCAUUCUUUUUAAAUGCUUGUUUAUGUUUACCACCUUCAUGUUUGUCCUUCUUUCUUCCCUCUCCUGUCAUAUUUUGCAAAAAUUUAUUUAAUGCCUUGAGUUUCGAAUAAAAUUGAGCAGUCCUUUGUAUAGGGUACACAACUGGUGUCUGUGACACCUGUUGAAAAAUCCGUCAUUCUUUAAGCAACUUAUUUUUUUAGAAUGUAUUUAUGCAUGUUUCCUUACAAAACAAGCUCAACAUAUCUUUGACAUCAGAGGCUCAUGGCAAAAUUUUUUUAUGCUGUGACAUGCUGUUUUAGCUUUCUGUUUAUUGUGUUUUAAUAAAUCUGGUUUGGUGCUUAGUAUUUUUUGAGUCAACACUUACUGUGCGCAUUGUUGGUGAUUUUCAUCUCUUUAAAAUAUGCAUGUAUUUUUUGGCACAAAGAUGUUCUUCAUAUAAUGCAGUUCUUUUUCCUACUGUUUUUCUGUAAUCUGUUUAAUCCGUUUUUCUUCCAUGUUUGGAAAUGCUUGCAUAAUUUCGGCCAGCCAGUUGGUUGCAUAAUUGUUGAAAUAGUGCCCCAUAUUCUUGGUUUAUUUUAUUUUUUAAAAAUCUGCUUUUGGUCAUAUCUGCUCUUAAGCCUGAAAUUCUUAUAUGCCAUUCAACAUAUUCAUAUGUGAAGGGUGCUAAACUAACUUUUUUUUUUAUUGUAAAGAUUAGUGUCACUAAGGCACAUCAACACUUUGGGAGAAGAAAAUGAACAGUUAUUAUUAUUGGUUAGUGUGCAUGAACUAAACGCCAUUAAAAUCUUAGUUUUUAUUUGUGUACCAUUACUGCCAGGAUUCGUUCUAGUUGAUUGUGUGAGUUUUGGCAACAUUUGAAAAUGCGUUCAGUUUUAGUUCUUAUGAUAUCUUGAUUACUUACACCAAUGUUAAAGACUUGCCUUUUUUUGUUGCUGAUAUGGCCAAAGUCUACGUCUGUAGACGUACAAUUUAUAUCUUCCUUCGUUAUGUAUAUGCAUUUAAGGUUCAGCUUUUGCGCGAUGCUCAUGAUGGAAAAUGUCGAUUUACAAACCCCAGGACAGGGUCAGUAGGCAGUGAUAUUUUCUAUCACCCACAUGGGCGCGAGAACACAGGACUUCGUCAUCCCUAUUGUAGUUCGUCUACAUAGGCCACACUGCGUGCAAUUUACUUUAAUUUAAUAUUUUAAUAUAGGGUCAUGACAGUUCAUGAACGACAGUUCGCCCUGAUCCUUAUCGGUUGCUAUGAACUAGCAAACGCUGCAGUUAUUCUGUUCGUUUCGAAGUUUUCGUUUAGUACGGAAUAGGAAACUGGUUAUCUUGAUUUCUGAGUUGCUGGCCUAUUCGGGUAGCUCUUUCACUGUCGUUUAUCAGUUGGAAAAUUAAGGUUAAUCAGUAAACAAAUGUGCAGAGUGUUCAAACAAAAACCUUUUUAUCCAUCGACAUCAUUAUCAUCAUCGCUGUCUCCACCGCCACUGAUCUCUGUUACAUGUGUAAGACGUUUUCUAAUAGGAUUUUUAAAAGUUUAGUAAAGGUUUUUAUCCAAGGUUGGUGUUUUGUUGCUUCUUUGACGAACAGGUGCAGGAUGGAACUGAAACGUGACACAUGCACCUACAACAACAUGGCUGGAGAGGAACUGUUAGAUCUGCACAUAUAGUUUGUACGAUUAUAAAUUCAGUUUUCUGUUUAUAAGCACUAUAUUUUAUUCUGUUUUAAACGCGAAUUGUACGCGGCAUGAAAUCUUUUGUAUCAAACUGAUAUGCUUAUCUAUUUUUGCUAUUUUUGAGUCGUUGUGUGCCAGUGCAGAAAUAGCUUCUUUCUACAUGGCAUAGUACAAUAAACGAUUUUGGAGUC